AGGCUCAUACUUUUAAUAGAAAAAAUCUAUAGAACAUACAAAAGAUACUUGAACAAUAAUACUCCAGAAAUUGAAAAGAAAGAAAAGUUAGCAAAAAUAAUAGAAGUUAUAAACAAAAAUGGAAAGAGAAUCGAUAACCCACCAAUCAAUAGACAUAACACCUCCAAUUAUCACAUUCAACAAUACAGUGACUGA